AUGUCCGAAUUAAAACCCCAACCCCUCCAGCAGAACAACGUGGGCACACUGCAGCGUCGACUCAAGUCGCGCCAUGUGCAGUUCCUGGCAUUAUCUGGUGCUAUUGGCACCGGACUGUUUGUCGGAAUGGGCCAGGUUCUUUCGCUGGCUGGUCCCCUGUCCGCUGUGCUGGCGUAUGCCAUCACCGGCGUCAACCUCUACGCUGUCAUCAACAGCAUGGGCGAGAUGGCUACCUGGCUGCCCCUGCCCGGUGCCGUUCCCGUCUACGCAGCGCGGUUUGUCGACGAGGCGCUGGGGUUUACUCUGGGCUGGAAUUAUUGGUAUCAGUUCGCCAUUGGCGUGCCCAUUGAGAUCAGUGCCGCUGCCUUGGUGCUCGACUACUGGCCCAACGGCGUCUCGUCUGCCGUGUGGAUCACUAUCCUGUAUAUGACCAUCUUCCUGUUCAACUGUCUGCCUGUGCGUGUCUACGGCGAGCUGGAAUUUUUUCUGGGCUCUAUUAAGCUGCUGACCAUCGUGGGGCUGAUGAUCUUGAUGUUUAUUAUUACCCUGGGCGGGGGCCCAAACCACGACCGUAUUGGCUUCCGAUACUGGAAGAACCCCGGUCCCAUGCUAGAAUACCUGGAAACAGGGGCCUUAGGACGCUUCCUGGCCUUUUGGAAGGUGUUUAUCCAGGCGACCUUCAGCUACGGGGGGAGCGAAAUGGUCGUCGUGGCCGCCGGCGAGACGGAGAACCCGCGACGCAACAUCCCCAAGGCAGUGCGGCGUAUCUUCUGGCGCAUCGCCGUCUUCUAUGUGGGCAGUGUCUUCCUCGUCGGUUUGUGCGUCUCUCCGCAUGAUCCUCGCCUACUGAACGCAAUCAAGCACGGCGCCCAGGGGGCGGCGGCCAGUCCCUUCGUCAUAGCCAUCGCCCACAGCGGCAUCCGCGUGCUGCCCUCCAUCAUCAACGCCGUGAUCUUCUCCUCGGCGCUCUCAGCGGGCAACUCGUUCUUCUACGCCUCGACGCGCAUCUUGUACGCCACCUCACUCGACGGCAAGGCGCCACGUGUGCUGCAGUUCGAGCGGUUCGGUGUGCCGUACGCCUGUGUUGGGGUGACAGCGGCGCUGAGUCUGCUGGUCUAUCUUAACGUGUCCGCCAGCGCUGCCGAAGUUUUCUUCUGGAUUAGCAAUCUUAGCUCCGUCAGCACAUUAAUCGUCUGGGCCUCUGUCGCUCUGACCUACACACGGUUCCAUCGUGGGCUACGCUAUCACGGCAUCCCCCGAACGGGCCUGCCCUUCCGCAGCCCUUUCCAGCCGUAUAUGGCGUACUUUGCCAUCGUCUUCUCAUGUACCGUCGCCCUGUUUAACGGGUUCGACGCUUUCUUCCCCGGCCGAUUUAGUGCCAAGUCGUUCGUGCCGCCCUAUGUCGACAUUCCCAUCUUCGCUGCCUUGUUCCUGGGAUAUAAGCUGGUGAAGCGCACGCGGUUCGUGCGCCUGCAUGAAAUGGAUCUGUGGUCUGGCAAGGACGAGGCUGACCGCCUGGAGUCGCUGUGGGAGGAACCAAAACCGCGUAAUCUCCUAGAGAGGAUAUGGUUCUGGAUUGCUUAA